CUGCUGCCUCUGACGCCGCCCUUCGCGGGGGUCUAGUGGGGAGAGCAAGUGCCAUGCUAGAGCCCCGCGAAGGCUCUGGGCCCCCGCAGCAGGUGUCCCUCCAAGAGGGCUUCCGCGAUCCCGAGCGGCACCAGCGCUGGGCCGGCCUCUUCGAGCAGCUAGACACCAACAAGGAUGGGCGAGUGGAUAUCAACGAGCUUCGCGAGGGCCUGGCGCGAAUGGGCAUGGAGGCCAGCCCCCAAGCCGAGCAGGAUAUCUUACGGGAGGGUGACACAGAUCAUGAUGGAGAACUCAACUUUGAGGAAUUUGCUCAGUACCUUCAGGAGCGUGAACGGAAGUUGUUGCUGAUGUUUCACAGCCUGGAUCGCAACAAUGAUGGCCAGAUCGAUGUCUCUGAGAUCCAGCAGACUUUCCACAGCCUGGGAGUUUACAUCUCUCUCCAGCAAGCAGAGAAAAUCUUGCACAGCAUCGACAAAGAUGGCACUAUGACCAUUGAUUGGAAUGAGUGGCGAGACCACUUCAUCCUCAAUCCAUUAGAGAACAUGGAAGAGAUAGUGCACUUUUGGAAGCACUCAAUGGUCCUUGACAUUGGGGAGUGCCUCACUGUUCCUGAUGAGUUUUCUGAGAAAGAGAAGAAAACUGGGAUGUGGUGGAAACAACUCAUAGCUGGAGCUAUGGCUGGUGCUGUCUCUAGGACUGGAACUGCCCCGCUGGAUCGAUUGAAAGUUUUCAUGCAGGUCCAUGCAUCAAAGAACAACACCAUGAAUGUGUUUGGUGGACUGAAAGGCAUGAUUCACGAGGGAGGCCUGUGCUCGCUGUGGCGGGGCAAUGGCAUCAACGUUCUCAAGAUUGCACCCGAAUCUGCCAUCAAGUUCAUGGCUUACGAGCAGAUAAAGCGAGGAAUUCGUGGGCAACAGGAAACUUUAAGGGUACAGGAGAGAUUUGUUGCUGGCUCGCUGGCUGGGGCCACAGCACAGACCAUAAUCUACCCCAUGGAGGUUAUGAAGACACGACUGGCCCUUGGCAAGACAGGCCAGUAUUCAGGUGUGGCAGACUGUGCCAGGAAGAUCCUACAGAAGGAAGGAAUCCCUGCCUUUUACAAGGGCUACCUACCAAAUAUGUUGGGCAUUAUCCCCUAUGCUGGUAUCGACCUGGCAGUUUAUGAGACACUGAAGAACACCUGGUUACAGAAGUACAGCAAGAACACUGCUGACCCAGGAGUUUUGGUCCUCUUGGCCUGUGGCACUGUCUCCAGUACCUGUGGCCAAAUUGCCAGUUAUCCCCUAGCCCUGGUGCGAACCCGGAUGCAGGCUCAAGCAUCAAUUGAAGGUGCACCACAGCUAACCAUGCUGGGUCUCUUUAGAAACAUCCUUUCCCGAGAAGGGGUCCUGGGCCUCUACCGUGGCAUCGCCCCCAAUUUCAUGAAGGUUAUUCCUGCUGUCAGCAUCAGCUAUGUCGUGUAUGAGAAUAUGAAGCAGGCUCUGGGGGUAACAUCCAGAUGA